GCUUGCUGUAUUGAUGAGGCUCGCGUAUUAUAUGACCAAUUGGCCACCAUUUGCCCGAUCGUUAUGGCCUUGAGCGCAGCGACUCCUAUUAUUCGCGGCUAUCUGCUGGAUGUCGAUUGUCGUUGGGGCAUCAUUUCUGCCUCUGUGGACGAUCGAACUGAAGAGGAACGGGGAUUAAAGCCAGUCACGUAG